CAGAAAUGUCAUAUGUUUUCAUCAACUAUUAGGCAUAGCUGUCCUGCAGCUUCAAAUUCAACACAUUGUGUAAAGCAAUGUGUGGCUGACUAGUCUCUCUGAGGUGAAAGAGGCUGACGAGGCUACACCUACACCAGGUAAUAGAGUGGAGCAUGACGGGCAGAUGGACAGAAAGAUGAGUCUCGCUGAAUAGAGAGCACAGGGAGACACUGAUCUCAGCACAGCAACAAUGUCAUCAUAUGCCCAGCCGAGAACAUCAAUAAGGCUAAAGCACAGCCAACUGAACUGACAGAGACUUCCUGCUUUGGUCAGAGAUCAGUCUCCCCAGUGCCAAGUCUUUUAUCAAUGAAGAGCAGUGACUCCAUGAUGCAGCCUAUCAAUAUGGAUGGAGGGACUGGCCAUUCUGAUCACAGAUCAGUCUCCCCAGUGCCAAGUCUUUUAUCAAUGAAAAGCAGUGACUCCAUGAUGCAGCCUAUCAAUCUGGAUGGAGGGACUGGCCAUGAUCACAGAUCAGUCUCCCCAGUCCCAAGUCUUUUAUCAUUGAAGAGCAGUGACUCCAUGAUGCAGCCUAUCAAUGUGGAUGGAGGGACUGGCCAUUCUAAUCACAGGCAACGUUUCGACCCUGCUGGGUCUUCUUCAGGCAAAUGGUGGACUCAUUUGAUGAAGGGAUGUAGGCCUUACAAUCAGCUGACCUACCAUGUGAUGUCAACUGGUAUGAUUGGGUCUAAGAGCCCCACUAAUCACUCAAUUAAGAGAACACUUUCAUACAGGUCUAGAUCACCUUCACCCUCACACACAGUUCAGCCAGAUAACAACUUGUAUUCUGGUCCCAUCAGACCAGAGGACAAUAUCCUGGAAAGAGUGAAGAUGAGCCAUAAAGCCACAAUGAAAAAGAGGUUUGAGCACGUUUGUGAGGGAAACAUUAAACCAGGAAAUGAAACUCCUUUAAACACGAUAUUUACACCCCUCUAUAUCACUGAGGGAUGGACUGAAAGCGUGAAAGCACAUGAAGCUCGACAAAUUGAAACAUCAAGAAGACAAACACAAGACAACGCAAUCAACUAUAAUGAUAUCUUUAAAACAUUGCUUGAAGAGCAAGUGUGUAUCAGAGCAGUGCUAACCAAAGGGGUUGCUGGCAUUGGAAAAACAGUGUCUGUGCAGAAAUUCAUUCUUGAUUGGGCAGAGGACAAGGCAAAUUGUGAUAUAGAUUUUAUAUUUGUGCUCCCUUUCCGGGAAAUUAACUUAAUCUCAAAUGAACAGUACUGUUUUCAUCAACUUCUGGUUGACUUCCACCCUGCCUUGAAACAGCUAACAGAUAACAAAAUGUAUGAGGAGUGCAUUCUGGUUGUAAUUUUUGAUGGGCUGGAUGAAAGCAGAAUUACAUUGAACUUUACCAGUGAUCAAUCCCUGAAACUCCAUGAUGUUUCACAGAUAUCCUCAGUUGGCGAUCUGAUAGCAAACCUGAUCCAGGGGAAUCUUCUCCCAUCAGCUCACAUAUGGAUCACAUCAAGACCAGCAGCAGCUGGACAGAUCCCUGGUCAGUUCAUCAGUCGUAUGACUGAGGUGCGUGGAUUUACUGACCCACAGAAAGAUGAGUACUUUCGAAAGAAAAUAAGUGAUCAGACUCAGGCCAACCAAAUCAUCUCACACAUUAAGACAUUAAGAAGCCUUCACUUUAUGUGCCACAUACCAGUUGUCAGUUGGAUCUCUUCCAUUGUGCUUCAAGAAGUCUUCCAAAACAACAGGGAACAAAUACCCCAAACUCUUACUGAGAUAUUCACCCAUUUCUUAAUCAUUCAGAUGAACAUGAAGAGCCAGAAAUUUGGGGAAAUGGAAGACGGUGCUCCUAGUAGCAAAGUUCUUGAGGCAAACAAAGAUAUAAUUUUGAAGUUAGCAGAACUAGCAUUCACACAACUGGAGAAAGGAAAUCUGCUGUUCUAUGAAGAGGACCUUGAGGAAUGUGGCAUCAAUAUCACUGAGGCCUCAGUGUACAGUGGUUUGUGUACAGAACUUUUCAGGGAAGAAUUUGUGUUCACGCAAAAAAAGGUCUUCUGUUUUGUUCACCUCUCGAUUCAGGAGUUUCUUGCUGCUCUUUAUGCAUUUUACUCCUAUGUGAACAGAAACUUCAAAGCUCUGAAGUCUCUCCUCACUGGUUGGGAGAGACAGCACUUCCUGGAAACACUGCUGAAGGAUGCUGUGGACAAGUCCUUGGAGAGUGAAGAUGGACACUGGGACCUGUUUGUGCGGUUUCUUUUGGGGCUCUCACUGGAGUCAAACCAGAGGCUCCUACAGGGCCUGCUAACACAAACAGUGAGCAGCUCAGAGAGCAUUGAGCAAACCAUCAAAUAUACCAAAGAAAUUAUCCGCUACAAAGACAUCAAGGAACGGUGCAUGAAUCUCUUGCUUUGCUUGCUUGAAAUGAAUGACAAUUCCUUGCACACAGAGAUUCAAGAGUACCUGGAGUCUGGAAAAGAACUCUUUUCUUCUCACUGCUCAGUACUGGCCUAUACGAUCCUUGUCUCAAAAGAUGUACUCGAUGAACUUGACCUUCAGAAGUACAACACCACAAGUGAAGGUCGUCAAAGACUUUUAGGAGCUGUUGCAGGCUGCAGAAAGGCUCGACUGGUCGGGUGUCAACUCACUGUGAAAAGCUUUGAGACUGUAACACAGGCCCUUGAGUCCGAAAUCUCACAACUGAAAGAACUGGAUCUAAGUUACAACAACCUACAGAUUGUUACCACUGAAGCCCUCUCCCUUCGACUGCAAAAUUCUCAAUGCAAAGUGGAAACACUGAGGCUUGUUUGCUGUGAACUGAAAGAGGACUUUGGUGAAUUCAUAAGCUCCGUUUUCCAGUGGCCACACUCACAUCUAAAAGAGCUUGACCUGACAAACAAUGAUCUUUGUGACACAGGACUAGAAUUUCUUUCAAAUGGGUUAAGAUCUACAAAUUGUAAAAUGGAGACUUUAAGGCUUUCUGGCUGUCUCAUUACAGAGAAGGGUUGCACAUUCUUAUCCACAGCUUUGGUUUCAAACCACUCCCACCUUAAAGAGCUGGAUCUAAGCUACAAUCACCUUGGAGACUCAGGGAUCAAGCUACUUUCAUCUCAGGACAUAGGCUUUAAACUGGAGAAUCUCAAUGUUGACCAUGAUGGAAAGAAGUUCCUGAAACCUGGUCUAGAGAAAUAUGCUUGUGAGCUCACCAUGGACCCAAACACAGCCCACCACAAGCUUGGGCUUUCUAAAGGAGACACCAAGGCUACGAAUCUUAGAAAGAACUCUCAUUCGGAUCACCCAGAUCGAUUUGAAGUUAUUGAGCAAGUGCUGUGCAGAGAGGGUCUGACAGGACGCGCUUACUGGGAAGUGGAAUGGGCUCGUGAGGGAGCGGCUAUUGCAGUAGCAUACAGAGACAUAAGCAGGAAAGGGGCACAUGACAGCCAAUUUGGGUCUAACAACAAGUCCUGGAGUCUCAGAGGUCAGUUUUGGGGCCAUUGCCUUGCCCAGCACAAUAAUAAGACCAUACAAGUGCCAGUGCCCAAACCCAACCCGAGACAACACAGAGUGGGGGUGUAUCUGGACUGGCAGGCUGGAACUCUUUCAUUCUAUCAAGUGUGUGCAAGGGACACAAGAAUCCAUCUGUACACCUUUUCUGCCAAGUUCACUGAGCCCCUUUAUCCAGGGUUCUGGGUUGACCAUGACUCCGCUGUGUCUCUGUGUCAGAUUGACUAGCUCCCAUAUCUACACAUUCACUUCCGCAGUUUUGGGAGAUGUGAACUUUGUGAAGUCCUAGAUAAAACUACCCAGCAUUGUUUUAUGGAUGUACUGUAUAUCAAUGAUACCAAUGUUUUUUUUAUUUAUUAGUUUACAGUGAUAAAUGUCAUAUUUACAGCAUGUUUCACAUCUCUGUAUGAUUCUUUUUCAGUAUAUUCUUAAUGUUACAGUACUUUCCACUUUCAUGUCUGUGAACUCAUUUCACUCAUCACCACUCAUUUGAUGUAUAGCGCCACCCAGUUACAAAUGUAAAAACAAAAAUGAGGUGUUGUAAUCGCAGGUUACU